AAUUAUUUCAUGACUGCAGAAGUUUGAUACUUUUUUCCAGAGACUAACAAAAAAAUAUUAUGCAAGCUACAUAUUCUUAAUGGAAAAUUGUUUCUGUCAGACUACGAGAACCAUGAGGAAAAAAUCUUCCCUCCAAAAUAUGGCAAGAAGAGAGAGUGGAUGUUUUCAUCUGAGUAAAACAAAGCAUGUUGUUGCAAAGGUUAUUAUUCCAUUGGCAGAGAAGGAAGAGUGUAAGAAAAGCUCUACCUACUUCUGCAGCCAUCUUUUCCUCCUAUUCCCUGAAUUACUAACUACAUACCCUUCACUGAAAACUGAAGUAAAGGUAUCUCUACAAACAACAGAAAAAGGAGGCCCAUCUACCAUCAUGUAUCCAAUAUGUCAGCAGCAUCUACCAAAAAAGAUCUGGCUGCCAACUAUAAUGGAAGUGGGAGAAGAGGAGGAAAAUACUGAAGAAACACAGGCUACAAUGUCAGAGUCAUUUAAUGAUAUAAGUGGUUUUAUCUUUGGUUAG